AUGACAGACUCCUCCAGCUUCGAUGUGGAUAAGAUCAUUUCCCAGCUGCUGUCAGUGAGAACCAAUCGUCCUGGCAAAGAGGUGAAACUGUCCCGAGACAGCAUCCACGCGCUGCUUGACCACGUGACCAAUGUUUUUUUAGAACAGCCAACCCUGCUAGAAAUUUCUGCACCUGUGACCAUAUGUGGAGACAUCCAUGGGCAAUUCUCGGACCUACUCCUUCUGUUAGACAUGGGCGGCUUUCCUCCACAUACAUCUUACCUGUUCCUGGGAGAUUAUGUCGAUAGGGGACGUAACUCAGUGGAGGUGAUUUGUUUGCUGUUUGCAUACAAGCUCAAAUACCCAGAGAAGAUCUUUCUCCUUAGAGGCAACCACGAGGAACAAAGCGUGAACAUCAACUACGGCUUUUACGACGAGUGUAAGCGAAGGUACAAUGUGGCUCUCUGGCGAAAAUUUAAUGAAGUCUUUAAUUGUCUGCCCCUAGCUGCGGCUGUCGACGAUAAGAUCUUCUGUUGCCAUGGGGGUCUCAGCCCAGAAUUACACACGCUAGAUGAUGUUAGAAGAAUUGCCCGCCCAACAGAAAUUCCCGAAGAGGGAGGUCUCAUCUCAGACCUGGUGUGGGCCGACCCAAACCCAGAUCCUGCCAUGAAGGGGUGGCACUUCAACGACGUCCGAGGUACCUCAUACUUCUUUGGAUCUGACACAGUGGAGAAAUUUCUCAACGAUAACGACCUCCAAAUAGUCUGCAGAGCUCAUGAUGUCGCACAAGAUGGCUACCGAUUUUACACCAAACGCCAGUUGGUGACAAUUUUCUCUGCUCCGAAUUAUGCUGGAAUUUAUUUCAACAGUGGGGCAAUUAUGACAGUCAGUGAGGACCUAGAAUGUGCGUUUAAAAUCUUAAAGCCGACGGUACGUAAAUUAAACUAUCGAAACAAUGAUGAGAUGGGCUUCCAUACACUUACUGGCCGAUCAUACAGUGACACGUCACUUGACAUUGGCAGUGAAAGGACGCUAACUAAAGGGACGCACAUGAAGAUUAAGCUUAACGAGACUUUGAAGUCUUCCAGUGACUAUUUAGAACUACCAAUUUUCAGAUCUCGGUCUCAGAGCAUGGUCAAUUAA